AUGUCCAAAUGGCUGCUUCGAAAGAAGAAGACCGAUUCGACUUUGUCGCCGCCUUCAACCUCCCCGCGCUCCCCGUCCCCGGGGCGAUCUGAGCAGUCGCGGAUCUCGACCGCUCUGUCAUCCUUCAACCCUCGCGAAUAUGAAGUCGCGGCAAGCCAUGCCGUGACUGACCCUCUCGGUCUGAACGUCAUCCACACGCCCAAUACUCCUCAUGCAAUCGAUGUUGUCUUUGUUCAUGGAUUGGGCGGCACUAGCAGGCAGACUUGGUCGAAGAAUAAGGACCCAAGUCUAUUUUGGCCGAAGGAAUGGCUGCCGUUUGAGCCUGAUAUAUCUUCAGCCCGAAUGUUGUCCUUCGGAUAUAAUGCACAUUUCGCGGCACCGGGCAAAAACAUUCUUAAUAUUUCGGACUUUGCGAGAGAGCUCCUGUUUGGAAUGAAGUUUGGGACGGAUGAGCAUUCAAAACCUCUAGACAUCGGCCGAGUACCCAUAAUAUUCGUCGUACACUCAAUGGGAGGGCUAGUAGUCAAGAAGGCAUUCAUUUUGGGACAGAACGAUGCCAACUACAAGGACAUUGUCCGGUCAAUAUCUGGAAUUAUCUUCCUCGCAACGCCACAUCGCGGCAGCAACCUCGCCCAGGUGUUGAAUAGGGUGCUCCAGGCUUCAGUCUUCAACCACACAGCAAAAGACUACAUAACCGAGCUUCAGCGUAACUCCCCGACACUCCAGGAGAUCAACGACCAGUUUAGAAAUAUUGCCACAGGCCUAAGCAUCGUGUCGUUCUUUGAAACCAGGCCAACGACUGUGGGUCCAAAGAAAAUGAUGAUUGUGGAGAGGGACUCUGCAACCUUGGGCUACCUUGGUGAGAUCACCAAACUACUUGAUGCCGACCAUCAUGAUGUUUGCAAGUACAUCAGCCGACAGGACUCGAAUUACAGAAGCGUGAGGGAUGUGAUCAGGUCUUUAGUGGACCGGUUCAAAUCAACAGUCUCGAAGCAACAUGACCUCGACGAAGACAGCCAAAUUAUAACAGUCCAGUCACUCUUGGGCACAUCCGAAGCCCCCGAGGAUGACCUUGAGUACUUCAUUGAUCGACGAUUAGAGGGAUCUUGUACAUGGAUACUCAGUCACCAUGCAUUCCAAACAUGCCUGGAGAACACUGCACCGUCUCCCGAAAUACUGUGGUUCAGAGGCCCUCCAGGAGCUGGGAAGUCGGUCGUUUCCGCCUUCAUCGUCCAACACUUACGCUUCUUGGGACUCAGAUGUCAAUUCUACUUUUUCAGACAUGGGAAUCAGGACAGAACAUCCCUUAGUGGACUACUGAAAUCGCUGGCAUUUCAACUUGCAUCUCAGGUACCAGAGUAUCGUCGCCGUCUUACUAAAUUGGCUGAAAACGGCUUUAAUGCACAAAAGGCUGAGAGCCGGGUGUUAUGGCAGAAGUUGUUUGUCCAGUCACUCUUCGCAGUUAAUAUUUCGGCGCCACUCUACUGGGUGAUUGAUGGUCUAGACGAAGCUGACUCACCGCAAACUCUUCUGAACCUUCUGUCAGGGCUUUCGAACGCCGACCUUCCCCUGCGGCUAAUUUUCAUAAGUCGAGAGACUCAGUUUCUUUCCACAGCGUUUCAUCGCCUCGCAACGACCGUAACCACUCGAAAGACCCCUUUCGACGAUUCAGGGCAAGAUGUCCGGCUUUACGUCGAGAAAGAGAUUGAGUUCAUCCACGCUACGCCUGAACUCAAGACCCAUAUCUUCAACACAAUAAUGAGAAUGGCGGACGGGAAUUUCCUCUGGGUGCAUCUCGUCCUAAAGGAGAUCAUGAUGUGCAUUUCGGAGGCCGACAUCGAAAAGGCUUUGAAGGAGCUACCACCAGAACUGGAGCCGCUAUAUGCUCGAAUGGGAGCAAAUGUCGCCAGUCAGAUUCGGCCUGUCGACUUGGACCUGGCGAAAACAAUUCUGGCUUGGGCACUGUGCUCACGUCGACCUCUAACGCUUCAAGAGUUAUCACAAGGUUUGCAACCAGAGUAUCGACCCAUUGAUCUCUCACACACCGUCAAGCAAGUCUGUGGAGAGUUUGUUAGCAUCAGCGCUAAAGGGAACGUGACAAUGAUACAUGAAACCGCUCGAGAAUACUUGACUAAAACCGCCGAUGCCCGUCUUUUCAUCUCUACGCCUGAAGCACACUACGCAGCUUUCCGGAAAUGCAUAUCAAAUCUUUCGACCACGAACCCAAGGAUUCGAUCGGAUCACACAAAGUCUCAGCCGUUCCUGCUUUACGCCGCGACUUCUUGGGCAUAUCACCUGGAGCUCAGCUCAGCUUACCGGGACAGAGACUCUUUAGUCCUACUGGCCAUAUUCCUUCAAUCACCUUCAGUCCUGACAUGGAUUGAAUGCCUGGCUGUUGCUGGUGAGCUUCGAGUGCUGGUACUUGCGUCAAAGGCGUUGACAAGAUUUCUUGAUAAAAAGGCCAGAGUCGACUCCGAAGAGAGUCCACUCACGCAUCAACUGCAGGAGAAAGAUGUCGUCAAACAAUGGGCAGUAGACCUGACCAAGAUCGUGGGGAAGUUUGGAACCCAUCUUGCAGCGUAUCCAAGAUCGAUCUAUACCCUCAUACCUUCUUUCUGUCCACGAGACUCGAUCCUCCGUCAUCGCUUUGCCCCAGGGAAUCAGAAAACUCCAAGCUCAGGAUUGGAGCUAUCUGGAUUUUCCAAUAGGGCAUGGGAUGACAACAUUGCCACGUUCUCUGUGCGGAACGAUUCCCAGCCCAUCGUCAUCAAGGCGCUUGAUAAUUACUUCGCCAUACUCGUCGCAGAUGGAAUGGUCAUUCUAUAUCAUGCUUUGACGUGUCAGGAGUCACGGAGAUUUCGGCAUGGAGAACGAGUACUGCAUAUGGAAUUCAACGAAGCGGGUGAUAAACUGGUGACGUAUGGAUAUCGAACGACAAAAGUGUGGAAUGUGGCCGCAGCUUUGGAACUGAGUUGCGUUCAUAACCCUUCAGGCACCAAGGCUCUGGCUAUAACGUUUACCUCCAACUCUACAGUCGUACUGGGGUGUUUCGAAGAUAGAACAAUUAGGCAAUGGUCCUUCCUCGACACCUCAGGCACGGCGAGUCGAUGGGAGGAUGUGCUUGGAGAUGCACAUUUCGGCAGUAAUCAUCACAAUUCGCCGAGGAGCGCUUCUUUCAACCAGCAAGGAACACAAGUCGCGCUUGCCUACAGAGGCUUCCCACUGUCCGUUUGGGCCGUCGACUUUCCAGGCUUUGUUGGGAGAUGUGAAAGGCCCGGAUAUGCUGGUGAGCUCAUCUGGACAGAGGUCGAAAAGGUCGGUUGGAAUCCCACGACUGGCCACGUUGUCGGCACGUACACAGAUUCACACUUCUUCAAAUGGCAUCCAACCGACCACGACUACCAUGAACUGAGCGUUCCAGCUUUGGACAUUGUGUGUAGCCGAGAUGGAAACCUUCUUGUUACCACUAGUGGCGACGGCACGCUGCGUAUCUGGAACUUUCAUCAUUUCGCCAUGAUAUAUCAGUUGUCUUGCAAGACGCCUGUGACCGACAUAUCUUUCGAUCCCGAGGGUCGCAGAUUGUACGACCUGCGGGAGUCUUACUGCAACGUUUGGGAGCCGAACUCCCUCAUCAGGUACACGGAGACGGAUGACAGGGCAAGCGAAACGUCCAGUGCCAAAGGUAGCUCAGGUAAUAUGUCGAUGGCCUCAGAAGUGUCGGCGGACAUGCUCGAGCCUAUCACUGCCCUCGCACUGAACAGAGUUACCUCGGCAUACUGUGCAGGCAAUGAUGGUGGCUUGUUGACCUAUUCUGCUGCUGGCUCCGAGGGGGCUGUAGAGCUAUCUCAGGGGUUCAUGACAGUGGAUCACAUCGUUUGGAGUGCAGAUGAGACAUGUCUCGCUACAAGCGACCUCAGUGGCAAAGUGACGGUGACCGCAGUUGAUGGGACUGCCGCCGUACCAAAAGCAAGGCAAAUCUUCCAAACGUCAACGCAUGAAGGCAUCCAGCAGAUACUUCUGAGCCAGUCAGCCAGUCAUUUGUUGGUAUGCUCACCACAGUUUGUGCAGCUGUGGUCGGUGAGCACCAAGAAAUUGGUCGCAACUAUUCCUCAUCCAAACAAGUCUAUCCGGUGGGCCGAUCAUACUCAAGAUGAUCUUCUACUCUGUUUCGGGUUCAGCGAUGUACGGAUAUUCAGAUGGACUGAUCUCAAGGAAGUGAACACCCUUUACAUCAACCGGAGGUUGAUCGACGACCAACGGCAGACUACACGUGAAGAUCGGCCGGGCGCAUUUAGGUUGGAUUCAACUGACUGGCCCCUUAGCCCGCACGACUUUGACAGUUCUGUUGAUAAGACGUUCCUAACACCCGACGGCUCUACGGUACUGGUGCAGACCUCGCAAUCAUGCGAUCAUCACAGACGUCGCAAGCAAUUCAUGAUCUUGAGAAUGAGCGCCUUGGCCGCGGACAACCCGGCGAAGGAGAUCACUGCAUCUGCCCUACCAGAACACAUUCGAGCCCGUAUUGAGAUACCACUUGGAAUCUUGGGCAAUAACAGUAUCAAAGGGCUCUGGGGGUUUUCCGCGGGUCAUCCGGAGUCUGCCGUGCUUGCAUUUCUCGACAAGGACUUCUGGGUAUGCACGGGAUUGCUUAACGGAGAUAGUGAGGCCGCUGCCAAGAGAUACUUUUUCCUGCCUCGAGAUUGGCUCAACAUCGAGUCUUUGGAACUGGCAGCAAUCACUGGGGAAGGGACUUUCAUGUGCCCAAGGAAUGGCGAAGUCGGCGUAGUUACAGGCGGCCUGAGGGACGAAUGGAUAGAGUAG